AUGGAUUGUGGGAUUCGCCUGAUGGACGGUGCAAGAUCAACACUGAUGGUGCAAGUAUGGUCUACUUUAGAAGCUGAGCUGUGGGGAGCGCUUGAAGGCUUGCGUCCUGCUUGGGAGACUGGUUUGGCAAGGGUGAUAUUAGUAAAUAACGUUGCUGUUGUCCAGAUGGUUAAUGGGGAGGACCGGAAAUUGCAUCAUGAGCUCGUGGUACGAGUAAAAAAUAUGCAUCGUCGGACAUGGGAGGUUAAAGUCCAGCAUGUUUACCGAGAGGGUAAUGCCGUAGCAGUUCAUAUGGCAGCGUUAGCACGAGGAUAUGGAAUGGAUUUACAGAUAUACCGAUCACCACCAGUAGAGCUUAUGAAGUUGGUGACUGAAUAA